AUGUCGAGCAUAUAUAAGCUCUCUAUUAAAGGUAUAAGGGCAUUUGAACCUGAAUCAGAUGAGACGAUCCAGUUUGGGUCUCCGCUAACUUUGAUAUGUGGUCAAAAUGGAUGUGGUAAGACCACUAUUAUAGAAUGCUUGAAGUAUGCAACUACUGGUAAUUUACCUCCAAAUUCUAAAGGAGGUGCGUUUGUUCAUGAUCCCAGCUUGAGUUCUCGUAUAGUUGUAACGGGCCAGGUAAAAUUAGCAUUUAGGAAUGCCAAUGGGAAAUCAAUGCUUACUACGAGAACGGUUCAGGCGUCGUUGAAGAAGGGCAAAAGCAUGGCGAGAGGUGGAGCAGCAGCAGCAGCAGUAGCAGCAGCAGCAGGUGGUGGUAGUGGUAGUAGUAGUGGUGGUGGUGGUAUUACAUUCAAGUCAUUAGAAGGUCAGUUGGCGUAUAUUGAAAAGGGGCAGAAAACAAGCAUAUCUUCGAAAAAUGCUGAAUUGGAUUCUCAAAUUCCCAUAUUUUUAGGCGCGUCACCUGCCAUCUUGGAUAAUGUCAUCUUUUGUCAUCAAGAUGAAAGUCUAUGGCCAUUAAGCGAAGCUUCGGUUUUGAAAAAAAAAUUUGACGAUAUAUUUGAAGCAUCAAAGUUCACCAAAGUGCUUGAUAAUUUAAAGACCAUUAAAAAGGAUAUGUCGGUUGAUAUCAAAUUGAUUGAGCAAAGUGUAAACCAUUUGAAGAUCGAUAAAGAUAGAGCACAGAAGGUAAAGGAUAAAUCGGUUUCAAUGAAUAAGUUGGUGGACGAGUACACAGAGAUCAUCAGCGAUCUAAAUAUCAAGAUUGAGCAAAAGGAAAAAGAGGCUGAAAAUUUGUUUGCCACUAAUCAAGAGUUUCAAAAAACAUUAAGCGAUUAUGAAAAUUUGGUAUUAAAAAGGAGCUCAUUUGAAGAAAAUAUCGAGAGACUAGAGUCAACUAUUACAAUGUUGCCAGAUACCGACGAAGAAUUGUUCCAUAAACAGGAAAAUUUUGCCUCUAUAAAUGCCGAGAAAAGUGCCUUGGUAGAGAAGUUGCAAAAUGUCAUUGAGAAGUUAGAUUCACUGUUGAAAGAGAAAACCAACAACUAUAAUGAAUUGAUACGACUAGAUGGGUCUUUGAAGGCUAAGAAAUCCGAGUACGAAACAAACUUGACUAAAAUCAAUAAUAUCAUGAAGAAACAUGGAGACUUGGUAGGUUUACCAUCAUCACAAAAAGCAUCAAGCAUUUCUGAAUUUGGAAAAACAAUUGAAAAACAGUUGAUUUCCACAAAAGAAGAGCAAAAAGAGGUUACCACAAAAAACAAAGAGAGGGAGUCCUUGCAACAAGAAAAAGUUCAAAAUGUAAAUAAUUCCAUCUUGAAAAGCGAACAAACUUUAGAAUACCUCGAUAGCGAACUAAAGAAUCACCAGCAAAGUUUAAGUACAUUAAAAAAGAAAUUGGAUGCUGGUUCAAGUAAUGAGACCGAAUUGGUGGCAAAGAAGGAUGAUUUGCUUGUCAUCACACAAUCGUUGACUGCAAAAAGAAAUUUGAAUGAGGUGAGGGAUCUUGAUACAAAGAUAAUAUGUGCCAAUGAAGAAAUUUCUAAAUUGGAAUUUGAGCUGGAUGAGAUUGCAAAAAAACUCGUCAUAAGUAAUAAACAAUCAGAAAUCAGAUCUAAACUCACAUAUCUUGAAAAAUCCGUUGAGUCAAAAAAUGCCGAAGUGAGCAAAAUCCUAAAGAAGAUCAACACAGACUAUAAAGAUCAAGUGGGUUGUGAUGUAGAUAUUGAUUUUGCAGAAACAAAAUUCAUUGAAAAAUUUUCUGAGCUCAGUUCGAAUUAUGAGGAGCAACAAAGAAAGGUCUACAGCUUGGAAAGUGAACUUGAGUCUGCGAAACGGUCCAAACAAUCAGCAAUAGGAGUAAGGGAUGACAACAAUGCCAAAAUUAAUCACUUGAAAACAGAUAUUCUACAAGUGAUCCCAGAGGAUUCCAUUAAUGAUUAUGAAACGAUAGUGCAAGAUUUGGAGGAGGAUUAUCGAAAUGUCAUGGAGGAUGUCAAUACUUCUGAAGUAACAAAAAGUUAUGGUACUUCUGCACUUGAAGUGGCGGAGAAGAACAAUUGUUGCUUAUUGUGCAAGAGGGCGUUUAGUAAAUCUGAGUUGGAGGAUUUUUUAAAAAACUUGAGAAUGGGGUUUGAUGAAAAAAAGAUAGAGGAGGUAAAGAAAACGGCAAAUGAAAUCGAAAGAGAGUUUAAGGAAACAAGGCAAAUAGGUUUAAAGGUUAUUGCAUAUAGAGAGUGCUUAUCUCUUCAGUCCACGUAUGAUUGUGAUGUUGAUGCUUUGGAUAGCAAAAUAAAAGAGUUAAAUGAGUCCAUUAUAGCAGAAACCAAGAAACUCGAAACAAUGAAAGCGUCUGUUGAUAUGGCUGCCACAUUAAGGAAACCUUUAUCUGAUGCAACCAGAUUAAAUUUAGAAGCACAAGAUCUUGAACUUCAAGUCGAUGAUUUAAAUGAUGAUUUGGGAGGUUUUAAUGUAAUUGCUUCCACCAGCGAGUUACAAAAACAACAGCAAAAUGUGAAUAAUAAAAUUAGACAAAUUAGACAAGAAUUGAAUAAUUUUACGGAAGAGAAAUAUCAGGUUCAAAAAGAUAUCCAAAAGUUGGAAAAUAGAUUCAAGGAUACCAAAUUGGUGAUUAGUAAUCUUGAAAGAUCUUUAGCUGAUGUUCAGAAUACUAAACGUUCAAUCAAGGAGAUCCAAUCUAGUGUGGAAGCGACGGAGGAGAAAAGCACCAUUGCUAAAGAAGAGUUGAAAAACUUGCAAGUUAAGAAAGAUUUGGAAAGCAGUAGCUUACGACAAAUGCAAGAGGAUAUUAACAAGAAAGAGGAGGAAUUGAGGAAGAGAGUUCAGCAAGUAUCUGACUUGUCUUCUUCAUUCCAUUUUUUAAACAAUGCGAUAACCGAUUUUGAGCAAAACGUUUUGGCAAAAGUUGAAGAGAAUAGUGUGCAAAUGAGGAAUGUUCUUGAAGAAUGUGAUUUCAUUAAAAAGGAUAUCACCAAAAACUCAAAUGAAAUUAAGAUUUUGGAAAAAGAAGUUAUGGAUGCCUCUCGAAUUGAGCACAAUAUAAUGGCAAAUAUAGAUUAUCGAACUCAAGUACAUCGUCUUGAUGAAUGUGAUUUCCAACUCAACUCUCUUGACAUUGAAAAUGCUCAGUUGAAAAAACAAGAAUACCAAGAACAAUCAAGACGAUUACGAGAAGAGCUUUCUGAACUUACAGCGCAGCACGCUGGGAAAAUAGGCGAAGUAAAGCAAAUCAAAGAUCAAGUUGAAAACGUGAAAAGGGAAUUGGAAAGCGAAUACAAGGAUGUAAAUGAACUAUAUCACGCUGAAUGGAUAAAACUUCAAACCAAUCUUCUUGUUUCAAAUGAUAUUCAAAAUUACUCUAAAGCGUUGGAUAAUGCGAUUAUGAAAUACCAUGGUAUAAAAAUGGAAGAUAUAAAUAGAAUCUUAAACGAGCUAUGGUCGCAAACGUACAAAGGAUCAGAUAUCUCAACAAUAGCAAUCAAAAGCGAUGUCAACUUACAAGCCAAGGGAAACAGGUCGUAUAAUUAUCGAGUUGUUAUGAUCAAAGAUUCAAGUGAAUUAGAUAUGAGGGGCAGAUGCUCAGCGGGCCAAAAAGUAUUGGCAAGUAUUCUAAUCAGAUUAGCUUUAGCGGAAUGUUUUGGUGCAAAUUGCGGGAUGAUUGCUCUAGAUGAGCCAACAACAAACUUGGACAACGAGAAUGCUGAAGCAUUAGCUUCGGCUUUGAAUAGAAUCAUAGAGUAUAGAAAACAACAACUGAAUUUCCAAUUGAUUGUUAUUACCCAUGAUGAGAAAUUUUUGACUCAUAUUCAAGGUGAUCGGUUCACUGACCAUUUUUAUAAAAUCCAAAGAGAUGAAAAUAGCAAAUCGAGAAUAUACAGUUUACCCAUUAGUCGUAUACAAGAUAUUUAA